CAUUUCAAGAGAAAAUUGUUAUGGAAGGUGUGGUUAAUUAUCUGUAGAUUUAACAUAUACAAGAUAUAAUGUAUCAUAAUUGACUUCUUUUAAAAAAAAGAGUCAAAUGCAACGAUAUACUCUGAAACGUGAAAAAUUUAAAUUUACUACUUCAUAUGUAUCAUAUUAAGUUCAGUUCAUGACUGGAUUGAUGCCUUAUAUUUGAAGUAGGCAGCUAGCAACAAUGUUGUGGUAGUUGGCUAUGUCCUGAAGCCUUCAAGCAAAGGAGAGAUUUUACCAAGAGGGGUGCAUUUCCUAUGAGUCCAACUCCAAAUGGGUUGAUAUUCAUGCCUCUAACAUUUGAAAUUCCUCUGUCAUCUCAAUUACAAGUAGUUGAUGUGGUUCUCCACAAAGUGACAGAUGAAAUCAUGUCCAUCCAAGGGCAAAGCAACUCAGAAUCUUACAAUAGAAUCACAUUCACAUCAGGCAUGCAGGAACUUCAAAGGUAACCACUGCAGAUGAGGUGCACCCAAGCAGAAGAGCCAGCACAGUCCAGUAGAAACUUCCACCUGAAGCAACCCCGUUUCCAGUAUGCAAAAGGAUCCAGGAAAGGUUAAUGAUUUUAACGAAUCUGAUUUGGCACAAAGACUAUCAGAAGCUAAAUUAUCCUUUCCAUGUAUAGUGAAACCUCAAGUUGCUUAUGGUGUGGCUGAUGCUCACGGUAUGGCAAUUGUCUUUGACGUAGAAGACUUUAAGGAACUGAAUGUUCCUCUUCCUGCUGUUGUUCAGGAAUACAUCAACCAGUCAUCCACUCUGUUCAAGUUUUAUGUCUUGGGUGAGAAUGUUUUCCACACAGUUGAGAAGUCAAUCCCAAAUUCCACAACUUUGAGGAAGUCAUAUAAAAGAAACAGCUCUAGACCUAUAAUGUUCAACAGUUUGAAGUCUCUUCCUAACUAUGCUGAAACUCGGGAUCUGGGAGAUGCAGUGUCCUGUAAGGUUGAUCUUGAUCUCAAGCUGGUCAAAGAUGCUGCAAAAUGGAUUGCAAGAACACUUGAUCUUGCAAUAUUUGGCUUUGAUGUCGUUGUUCAAGACGGCACCGGUGACCAUGUUAUUGUGGACGUAAACUACUUCCCAUCAUUCAAAGAAGUACAUAAUGAUAUCGCCAUACCAGCCUUCUGGGAUGCCAUUAAAAUGAAGUAUAUAUCAAAGAAAACAGCACUCAAGGCUUCCUCAUCUUAAGCCUAUUGUGCUAUAAAAGCCCUGACCUUUUUUAUCAGUUGAGUAUGCAUCUUUUCUAUGUGAUUCUGGUUUUGCGAAAAAUUCUCAACUUAUUGAUCAUUUUAUGUCUUUUUCGAAAUUCUUUAUUAUUAUUAUUAUGGACAUGCAUAA